AUGCACUCCCUCAUCCCCACCAUCCUCCUCGCCCUCCUCUCCGUCCUCAUUUCCGCCCUCCCCUCCCCCACCAACACCAACACCACGCUCUGCGGCACCUUCAAAAAGGACUUCAACACCACCGGCGACCGCCCCUUCUACGCUACGCAGACGUGCGAGACGACGCCCAUCGCCGAGGGCUACAUGUUCCUCGACUUCCUCGACAGCUGCACGUGCAACUACUGGGCCGCGGUCUGUGAUGGCAGACCGCAGUACCUUCUCGAUACGGUGUUUCAUGAUGCUAUUAUUCUUAAUAUCAUGGGCGUGUAUUGCUGCGAGGUGAAGGGGUAG